AUGCCCGCACCCACUUUCCUGCGGCAAGAGCCGCGCGCACAGACGGGCUUGCGCGGCAAGCUGAUCAACAUCACCUCGCAGCACGGCAUGGUGGCGUGCCCGGGCAACCUCGCAUACGGCACCUCCAAGGCCGCCGCCGUCUACAUGACCAAGCAGAUCGCCGUCGACUACGCCGAGCAGCUGAUCGCGUGCAACGGCGUCGCGCCGGGUAAGAUCGUGAAGGAGGCGGCGCGUCCGGUGUCCCAGUACUCGUACGACAGGACGCCGUGCAAGCGGCUCGGCACGCCCGCCGAUGUUGCGAGCGCGGUGUGCUGGCUGGCGAGCGACGAGGCGGGCUCGUACCAGACCGGGCACAACCUGAUGGUGGACGGAGGCUGGAUGGCCUUCUGA